AUGGUUAUCGUGGGCAACUUUACUGCAUGGAAUGCCCAAAGCGCCCGCAUAGGUGUCUGUGCCAAUCACGCUGCCAAUAAGGUACAGGCCCCGGUGUCCAAUUGCCUGACCCUUACAAGCCUGGCCUCGUGGACUUUUGGAUUGUACAAGAAGUCCACGGCGAAGCAAUAA